GGCAGGGGCGCUCCGUCACGUGGCGCCACAAGGUUCCGCAUGGGCUUCCAAGAAGCGUCCGGGCCGUCGUGGCAGAGGGAGACGCUUGCACACGUAAGUAGGGGCCUAUCCACAAAGGGGCGUUAGGGUUUGCUUAGUUGGCGCCAUGCCCAAACCCAGCUCAGCACCAGGGCUUCAGAGCCAUGUCAGCGCCAGCUUAUACCUCAGCCAGUCAGCCAGCCAGUCAGUAUCAGCGCAGUCAGUCAGUACCAGUCAGUCAGUACCAGUCAGUCAGUACCAGUCAGUCAGUACCAGUCAGUCAGUACCAGUCAGUCAGUACCAGUCAGUCAGUACCAGUCAGUCAGUACCAGUCAGUCAGUACCAGUCAGUCAGUACCAGUCAGUCAGUACCAGUCAGUCAGUACCAGUCAGUCAGUAUCAGUCAGUCAGUAUCAGUCAGUCAGUAUCAGUCAGUCAGUAUCAGUCAGUCAGUAUCAGUCAGUCAGUACCAGUCAGUCAGUACCAGUCAGUCAGUAUCAGUCAGUCAGUAUCAGUCAGUCAGUAUCAGUCAGUCAGUACCAGUCAGUCAGUACCAGUCAGUCAGUAUCAGUCAGUCAGUAUCAGUCAGUCAGUACCAGUCAGUCAGUACCAGUCAGUCAGUACCAGUCAGUCAGUACCAGUCAGUCAGUAUCAGUCAGUCAGUAUCAGUCAGUCAGUACCAGUCAGUCAGUACCAGUCAGUCAGUACCAGUCAGUCAGUACCAGUCAGUCAGUACCAGUCAGUCAGUACCAGUCAGCCAGCCGCAGUAAUACAGCGGCAGCGGCCGAUCAGCAAAACGCAGCAGGGUUUGGGCAUGCGGG